AUGUUUACAUAUGAUUUUUUAUUUGGACGGAAAAAGACGCCUGCAGAGAUGCUGCGUCAGCAUCAGCGCACGAUAACCAAGGCGCAAAGAGAACUCGACCGCGAACGAGAACGACUAGAAAGACAGGAAAAGAAACUGAUUGCCGACAUUAAGAAAUCGGCAAAAGCUAAUCAAAUGAGCGCCUGCAAAGUUAUGGCAAAGGAUCUUGUUCGAACAAGACGAUAUAUUGUCAAGUUUAAUAGCAUGAAGACACAACUUCAAGCAGUCGGUUUACGUAUUCAGACCCUUCGAUCAAACCAACAGAUGGCAGAGGCAAUGCGUGGGGCUACAAAGGCCAUGUCUUCGAUGAAUCGACAGAUGAACUUGCCCAAGAUUCAGCAGAUCAUGAUGGAAUUUGAAAAGGAAAGCGAGAUCAUGGAUAUGAAGGAAGAAAUGAUGGGCGAUGCUAUCGAUGAUGUUGUCGAGGAAGACGAUGAUGAAGUAGAAAGCGAGGAAAUUGUGAACAAGGUCUUGGAUGAAAUUGGUAUCAGCUUGAACCAUGAGCUUGUUGAUGCGCCAACCGGAAUCAAGCAACCUGCACAAGCGGCACCUAGUGAGCGUGUUCCACAAGCAGAAGGAUUAUCGGCCGAUGAUGCUGCAUUGCAAGCUCGUUUGGACAACCUGCGGCGCGAAUAGAUUAACCUCAUUCGAUACCCCUCUCCUCUCCCUUUUCUUUUCCGUGUUGAUCAUACGCUAAGUCUCUUAUAUAUACUCUUUAACUUCGUCUUGGGAAAAAACAGCGAAAAAAAAA